UUGGUGUAUUUCCUGUUUCUCGCUCUUCAUUCGGAAAGAUGGCUGAAGUGAAAGUCAGUUUGGUUUGUGCAGCGGUUUUCCUCAGUUCGCUGGUAGGAGCGUUAGUGGAGGACCUCGAUGACACGUUUAAAGAUAACCGGAUGAAUGAUGUUUGGCUGGUAGAUUUCUAUGCCCCGUGGUGUGGCUACUGCAAGAAGCUGGAGCCCAUCUGGCACGACGUGGGAGCAGAGCUGAGGACUUCAGGCUCCCCCGUCAGAGUCGGCAAGAUGGACGCCACCGCUUACAACGGCAUGGCUUCAGAAUUUGGCGUGCGAGGAUACCCAACAAUAAAGCUGCUCAAAGGCGACUUGGCCUAUAAUUACAAAGGACCCAGGACCAAAGAUGACAUCAUCGAGUUCGCCAACAGGGUCGCUGGGCCAGCUGUGCGUCCCCUGCCGAGUCAGCAGAUGUUCCAGCAUGUCAUGAAGAGACACGACGUCCUCUUUGUUUACGUCGGCGGGGAGUCGCCUCUCAAAGAGAAGUAUAUCGAGGUUGCGUCUGAGCUGAUCGUCUACACCUACUUCUUCUCCGCCCAAGAGGAGGUCCUACCUGAGACUAUUUCCUUGCCUGAAUUGCCCUCUGUUGUGGUCUUCAAAGAUGGCGGUUACUUCACAUAUGACCAAUAUGAAGAUGGCAGCCUGUCUUCGUGGGUUAACCGAGAACGUUUCCAAGGUUACCUGCAGAUUGAUGGCUUCACACUCUACGAACUUGGAGAGACAGGUAAAUUGGUGGCUGUCGCCGUCAUAGACGAGAAGGAGCGACCAGAGGAGAGUGCCAGCCUCAAGAGUCUCAUUCAGAGAGUGUCCACAGAAUACAGAGAUCACUUCAACAGGGAUUUCCAGUUUGGUCACAUGGAUGGGAAUGACUACAUCAACGGACUUAUCAUGGGGGAGGUGUCCGUGCCCAGCGUGAUCAUCUUGAAUACGUCCAAUGAGCAGUACUUCCUGCCCAGCGAGCCCGUGGACAGCAUGGACAAGCUGGUCAGCUUCAUCAACAGCGUACUGGACGGCAGCGCACCAGCAUAUGGAGGAGAUGGAAUAUUCCAGCGGGUGAAGCGUGUGGCGUAUGAUGCCAAGUCUACAGUGAUGUCGGUGUUCCGUAGCUCGCCCCUGCUGGGCUGCUUCCUGUUCGGGCUGCCUCUGGGCGUCAUCAGCCUGAUGUGCUACGGCAUGUGCACCGCCGAGACCGACGACGGCGCCGACGACAUGGAGCUGAUGAAGAGGGAGGGCCUGACGGACGAGGAGGAGGAGGAGGAGGAAGAGGAGGAGAGGCGCCGCCUGCUAGCCGCCAAGAUGGAGGCCGAGUACGGGGAGCAGGAGGAGAUGGCAGAGGAGGCGCUGGAGGAGGAGGAGGAGGAGGAGGAGGAGGAGGGAGGAGGAGAGCAGCAGCAGGAGGAGGAGGAGGAAGAUGGAGGGAUGAGAGAGCGAGGAGCUGGGGAGGAGAAGAGCGCCAUGGCCAAGAAGGCUGAUUAAACUCACAUGAGAGGACGGGAGGAGGAGGAGGAGGAGAACGGAGGAGGAAGAUGAAGAGGGUGGAAGAUUCAGCCAGACAGGAGGAGGAGGAGGAGGAGAUGUGUGGAGAGGAGGAGGAGGAGGAGGAGAUUUCUACGAGAGGGAAAAAGAAAGAAAGAAUGAGAAGGGGGUCUCCAGAGACAUGCCAACUCUUGUUAUUGUAUGUAUAUUGUUCAGAGGGGUGUACUAACAAGCUGGUUCAGGAGUAAACCAGGUGAAGUUAAGAGAUAAAUCAUCGGUAACACUUUAUUUUAGGGAUACAUCUAUUAGCACUAAUACCGUACAUACAAUGGUAGUGCCUGCAUAAGUAACUUGUAAGGCAUGUACUAAGCAAACGCUAAGGCCUACUAGGUCCUUACUAAGAAUAAAUUGGUAAUAAAUUCCUUAUUGUACAUGAACAAGACAUUUGCGAAUACAUGCCUAACAAAUGUUUGAUUUUGCUUUGUACAUGCCUUGCAAGUUACUUAUGCAGGUACAUUGUAUGUAUUAGUGCUAAUAGAUGUAUUCCUAAAAUAAAGUGUUUCCAAAUCAUCUAACAGGAGAGGCUCUUAACUGCACCUGGUGUCCUCCUGAAGCAGCUUCUUGGUAUAGGCCCCCUGUUCUGAUGAUAUCUGAUAUCUCUACAGAGAGACAACUCCCCACUGACCACUUCUCUAUAAGGUGUUUUUUGUUUUUUUGGUUGUUUGUUUUGUUUUGGGUUUUUUUUUUUCUUUUCCUUUUUUUUGAAUUUGGUGGAAAAUUGUUACUGUAAUUUGAAGUGGUCUUAAUGAUGGUUCACCAUCUUACAUUUACGGGGAAACAAAAUGUUACUUGGUUAUUGGGGAGGGAUGGGAGAUGCCACCAACCUAGCAUAACAGACCUAAAUAAGUACAUAAAUAACCAAUCAUGUCGGCUUGUUUAUUGCCUACGGAGAGAAGCCAUGCCAAACUGUGUUUAUUUAAAACAAAGAAAAGAAAAACAUUCAAUUUAGGCAACCAUUCAUCAUGGCAUUUGAAGUGACAUUCACCACUCAACAGAUGGUCCUGUUUGGUCAGAGAGAGACCUAUUUAUGCCCGAACGGUCCUCUUUUCAACUCUUGUCACUUGGAAAUAAGGCCCUGAUAGAACUGACUAUAUCUGGAGGGAUGGAAUAGUAUGUAAUGUGUUUUGUAACUUUUUAUUUUCUUCCUUUGUCUAUAUUUUGCCUCUUUUGCUUCAAUGGAUUUGAAAAAGUGCCGAAGCAUUUUCUUUUUGUUGUUGAUGUUGUUCAAUGUGAUCCAUACCUCCGUUACCAGAACACAACGGUUUCAGAAACACAAAUGAUUUAAACAUGUAAUUAGGAAAUUAAAAACCAAAUGAAGUUACGUCAUCUGAAGUCAUCUGACAGUAACUGGAGACUGCAAUUUUGGAUUGUUGGGAUUUGGUUUGAAGGACCAUUUGUACCUUUUAGCAACUAGACUGCAAAGCUCAAUUUCAAGAAUACCUUAAGAUAGACUUCCACAGUGAAGGGCCCAACAUCGCCUUACUAUGAUUGGUGAAGAGCUUUGCAACCUGCCAUCCCCUGAUUCAGUAAGAGCUUCAAGGCCCGCCAUCUCACUUAUCUGAUUAGUGAAUACCUGAAGAGCCUGCCAUCAACUUAAUCUGAUUGGCUGAGAGCUUCAAGGUUGCCAUUUCCUUUUAUCUGAUUGGUAAAGAGCGUCAAUGCUGCACUGAGGUGCUGGGGAGGCAGGUGAACCUUGACGGUGAUGUUUACCUAAUGCACUGAAAAUCAUUAUAAUGUGAAUAAAGUUAAAGGCAGACUAGGUCAAAACGGCUCAUAGCAGACAACUAGUCAGCAGCGGUAGGCUUAGUUAUCUGUAGAGGCCUAAUAGCACCAUUUUGUAUUUUACAAUAUAAUCCAAUGUAAACAUUCCCUCGUCAAGGGCCUCCACUGAACUGAUCCGGGGGGUAUACUAAGAAGCUGGUUUAGUGCUAAACCAUGUCAAGUCAACCUACAGGAAGUGGUUAACCUGCUAAUAGAUAUAGGCUGAAUUCAGGUAAAUUGGGCCACUUUUUCCCAUUCUUUUUAUAUGCAAAAAAAGUGGCCCAAUUUACCUUAUAUCACCCUACGUACAUACCCGCAGGCAUCGUUUACGGUAAGUAAGAAAAUGAUGAUUCCAGGUGCUUCUGCUAGAUGAUUGGCCUCUACCUCAAAGUUAACUUAACCUGGUUUAUUACUGAACCAGCUUCUUAGUGACACUUGUGGAUCCACAGUCAGGCGUCAUAAUAAUGGACUUCUGACUUUCUAAGUAGUUUACCUGAGUUGUCGACAAGGAAAUGGUCUUACCGUACCUAACCGAAUCCUUUUUCUUUUCAUUUUUUCAAGUGUUUCUAGUCUGCCGUAAGUCACCUCAGUCUAAGCACACUUUGUAUUUUACAGCCGUUCCUGUGUUUUGUUUUUUUCUUCCUUACACUACUGCCAUUGUUUGUAAACGCUCUAUUAAGAUGUGGACAUAAGGCUGACAUAAGCAUGUAAUGAACAUGAAUUUACGCAUAUCACUGCUGCUAGGUUUAUAUAACACUGAAUACUCUUAUUGGCAGCCAUUGUAAACGUGUCUGAAUGGGCAUUAAUGUUCGUGAUAUGUUUCAUGUUAUGUUUAUAGUAACCGGCGUAUGUCACCCUUAUGUAAACACCUACAAUAUAAAGUGUUAUCUAUUUUGUUUUUUUAUAAGUUAUGGAUUUACAGCCCCUUGUGUAUAGCUGUGAAUAACUGUCUUUUUUUCUUUCCUUGAAAUAACAUUUUUUUCCCCUGUGAAGGUCAAAACCCAAUCAGUUUCUUUCUCUGUUUUUUUUAGUACAUUUAGCUGUGAACAGUAGUAUAGCCUCUGAAAGUGAUUAGCUUAUCUUAUAAAUAGCUCCGCUAUCUUCAUAUUGGAGCUCCUGUAUAGGCUAACCAUGGUGCUAGCAUGGUGUUAGCAAUGACCUUCAUACGGAUUGACCUCUAAACCAACAGUGCUUGCCUGGACCUCCCUUUGCCUCUUCUGCUCAGUAAUGGUUGCCUACAUACCGUAAUCACUUCUGCCAAAUAAUUGUUCCGAUUUGAGAUUGUCACUCUUUAUUACCAGUUCCAGAAAUAAUAAAGAUUGUCCUCUUUUUUUCCCUUGUGA